UUGGUUCUCUUCUCUGUCAAAAAUAAACUAUCCACGUAAGAACCAAACGACCCCCAAAAGAAGGGUUCUUUCUUCUUUCGUCUUCUUCUUCGUCUUCCCUCUUUUACCAAGAAAGAGAGCGAUCGAUUCGCAGAGUUGAAGGGAAGAGAGAAACUGUCGGGAUUUGGAUAGAUUGAUGGCGACUUUACAGUCAUUGAGGAAAGCAUAUGGUGCUCUCAAAGACUCUACUACUGUUGGUUUAGCCAAAGUUAAUAGCGAAUUCAAGGAUGUUGAUGUCGCAAUUGUUAAAGCAACAAAUCAUGUUGAAUGUCCACCAAAGGAAAGACAUCUUAGAAAAAUUUUGGCUAAUACUUCUGUGGUUCGUCCACGAGCGGAUGUUGCUUAUUGUAUACAUGCUUUAUCUAGGCGAUUGGCAAAGACUCAUAACUGGACGGUGGCAUUGAAAACACUUAUAGUUAUCCAUAGAAUGUUACGAGAGGGAGAUCCUACUUUCAGGGAAGAGCUCUUGAACUAUUCUCAGAGAGGACGUAUUUUACAACUAUCCAACUUCAAGGAUGACUCAAGUCCUAUUGCUUGGGAUUGCUCUGCAUGGGUUCGUACAUAUGCACUUUUCCUGGAGGAAAGACUAGAAUGCUUUAGGGUUUUGAAGUAUGAUAUUGAAGCUGAACGUUUACCAAGACCUGUCCAAGGUCAGGAUAAGGGGUACAGCAGGACUAGGGAUUUGGACAGUGAAGAAUUGUUGGAGCAGUUGCCUGCCUUGCAGCAGCUGCUGUAUCGUCUUAUUGGAUGUCGGCCAGAAGGGGCGGCGGUUGUCAAUUAUGUGAUACAAUAUGCCCUUGCUCUGGUACUAAAGGAGAGCUUUAAAAUUUAUUGUGCCAUCAAUGACGGCAUUAUAAAUCUUGUUGAUAAGUUUUUUGAGAUGCCAAGGCAUGAAGCCGUGAAGGCCCUCGAUAUCUACAGACGAGCUGGGCAACAGGCUGGGGGACUUUCUGAUUUUUAUGAGAUUUGCAAAGGAUUAGAACUUGCCAGGAAUUUCCAGUUUCCAGCCUUGAAAGAGCCACCCCAGUCUUUUCUUGCAACAAUGGAAGAGUACAUAAGAGAGGCACCGAGGAUGGUUACUGUUAGGGAGCCAUUGGAAAUGCCUGAGAGGCUCCUCUUGACAUACAAACCGGAAGAAGGUCCCUCUAUUUCAGAUGAUAUAGAACCAUCUUUGGAGGAACCAAAUCAACUGCCGCCUGAUGUGGAAUCUGCAUCUGACAUGGACGCUCCUCCUCCUCAGGCUAACAAUCACCUGGAUGACAGUGAUCUGCUGGGGUUAAAUUCUACACAUCCGAAUGCAUCUGCAAUUGAGGAAAGCAAUGCAUUGGCUCUUGCCAUAGUUUCAUCUGAUAGCUCUGCUCCUGCUCCACCAAACGCAUUUGAUCCUUCUGGAUGGGAGCUUGCUCUGGUUACCACUCCUGGAACCGACAUUUCUUCUGCCAACAAUAGACAAUUGGGUGGUGGACUGGACACACUGACUCUGAAUAGUUUAUUCGACGAAGGAGCCUACAGAGCAUCACAGCAGCCUGUUUAUGGAGCGCCUGCCCCGAAUCCGUUUGAGACGAUGCAAGAUCCUUUUGCAGUAUCAAACAAUAUUGCACCUUCUCCAGCAGUUCAAAUGGCAGGGAUGAAUCAGCAGCAGAUGAAUCCCUUUGGUCAGUAUCCACCACAACAGCCAACAACAGCUUAUCAAGGACACCAGGAUCUAAUCAUGGGUCCUUCAAAUCCAAACUUAAAUAUGAAUGCAUCAAAUCCAUUUGGUGAUAUGGGAUUUGGGCCUUUCCCUGCGAACCAGAACCCUUCUCAUUCUCACAACAAUCCUUUCGGAGCCACCGGUCUCCUGUAACCGCGUCAAUCGCGCUAAACUUACACACAAGCGAGGUUGGAGACAUGGACUGCUUCUAAUCUCUGUAAAUUUGGGGAAGUUUUCCAACAAUAAGAUAACAGAGGAGAAAGUCAUAAGCUUCUAGAUCAUUGAAUUGAAUAUAAUUUGAAACUCUUUUCAACUAUUUCCUUCCAUAAAUUCCUCAAGCUAUUCUCUGACUAUAUCUCUAUGCUUCACAUACUUCUCAAAUUAUCCGUUGAAAAUAUCAACCAAGAACAAGCCGAAAAUUUAAAUUUAUCGAACACAAUUUUGCAACAA